AUGGCGAUUGAAAACAAUGAAAGUGAAAGUUCACAAGCAAAUUCUAGAGGUAAUAGAAAUAACUUUGAUCCUUAUUUCAUAGCUAAUUCAGAUAAUCCAACAUCUACUUUAGUUGUUGUUCCUUUUACUGGUGUGAAUUUUGUUCGCUGGAGUAGAAAUGUUAAGCGAGCACUAAUUGCUGAGAACAAAGAAGUUUUCAUCAAUGGUGAGUUGACAAAACCUGCUAUUAAUCACAAGGAUUAUUUGAAAUGGAAACCAGCUGAUUUUAUGGUUUUAAAGAAGGAAAUUGAGAAUCUCACUCAAGAAAACAUGACUAUAGUCUCAUCUUAUAGUAAGCUGAAGAAAUUAUGGGACGAAAUGCAAACCUUAAGAGCUUUUCCUACUUGUACAUGUGGUGCAAUGAUUACAUGUAGUUGCCAAUUCUUGAAGAAAAUGGCUGAGUUCGAAGAAGAAGAUAAAAUGAUGAAGUUCUUACUUGGAUUGAAUGGAGGUUUUGACAGUAUUGUCACUAAUAUAUUGGCCCUGGAUCCUAUGCCUAACUUGAAUAGAGUAUUUUUAAUUACUCAGCAAAUUAAAAAACAGCAAGAAGUAAGUAAUGUUGAUGUUGAAUGCAAUGCUAUGAGCAGUAGUGCUAUGGCUGCACAAGCUUACAGAGGUGGCCAGGUUCAGAAAUACGCUGGCAGUCAUGGAAAGAAGGAUUGGAAAGAACUGAAGAAGGAAAAAUUGAAUAGAAUUUGCACUCACUGCAAAGGGAAAGGGCCUACUGCUGAACAGUGCUUCAAGAUCAUAGGUUAUCCUGAUUGGUAUAAUACUAUCAAGGCUUCUAAAGGAAGUAACUCAAGUGGUGGCAGAUUUGCUGCUCAUGUGAACUCUACUUCUGAUGUUGGUGAUGAUCCUCUGGAUAACUCAGUUGGUGAUACUGGAAUGGUGAAUAGUGCAAUGCUCAAUGCUAUCUGCCAGGAAGUCAUGAAGGUGAUGAAAGGGAAACAAUCUCAUAAUGGUGACACAAAUGGAGCUACUUGUUCUUAUGCAAACUAUGCAGGUACAAUUUCUCAUUCUUUCAAUUGUGCUACAAAUAAACAAAGUGAUGACCAUAUGUGGAUUGUUGAUUCUGGUGCAUGUGAUCAUAUGACAUAUGAUGAGAGCAUAUUGACUAACAUAAGAAUGACUGUUGAAAAGAUGGGUGAUACUGUAUUGACUGAUAGCCUAAUCCUGAAUGAUGUGUUGCUGGACCCCUCUAGUUCCAAGCUGAUUGGUGCUGGAAAAAGGACAAAUGGCCUCUACUACUUUGUCAGAAUUCCAGGUAAUAUUGAUAUCAGUCAAGGUAUUUCUUCUCAGCUGCCAAGUUGUAAUACAGUUGAUAGUGUGAUUGAUGUACAUAUGAUCAGAGUACCAAAUAAGCCUGCUACUAGUGUUUCUCAACCCAAGGGUGAUUCUAGAAACAAAUUGGAUUUGUUACAUGCUAGACUAGGACAUCCUUCUUUGUCCAAAAUGAAAUUUGUGGAUGAUGAAUAUUGCAAAGGGAUUACUAAAUACAAUUGUGGUAUAUGCUAUAGUUCAAAACAUCAUAAAUUUCCUUUUCAUGUGAGUGAUAGUAGAGCUGCUGCAUGUUUCGAUUUAAUUCACAUGCAUAUUUGGGGUUCAUAUAGAGUAAGAAACUUGGAUGGUGCUUCAUAUUUUUUAACAAUAGUUGACGAUCAUAGCAGAAUCACAUGGACUUAUUUGAUCCACAACAAGUUACAGGUUCAUAAGGUUGUGUCUGAAUUUAUCUCCAUGGUUGAAACACAAUUUAACAAAAGGGUUAAGAAAAUCAGGUCUAAUAAUGGGACUGAAAUAGUCAAAGAGUCUUGCAGAUCUAUGUUUGCUAGUAAGGGAAUCCUACAUGAAAAUAGGGUUCCUUAUGUUCCUCAACAGAAUGGCAUAGUUGAGAGAAAACAUAGAAGUUUACUUGAAAUUUCCAGAGCACUAAGAUUUGAUGCAGGUCUUCCAAAGAAAUUCUGGGGAGAGUGUAUUCUCACCGCUACUCAUUUUAUUAACAAAAUUCCAUCCAAGAGAGACAAAUUUGAUUCUAGAACUAAAAUAUGCUUGUUCAUUGGUUAUCCUGCUGGUUACAAAUAUUUUAAGCUAUAUGACCUUGAUACUCACAAGGUGUUUCUUUCUAAGGAUGUGAUUUUCUUUGAGACAAUAUUCCCUUACAAGUUAUCACCUGAGUCAGUUACUUCUAUUGCAUCUACUCCUCAGUUGGUUGAGUUCAGUACUGAUGACUCUCAAUCUCCUAUUCAUACUAUUCAUGAUUCUCUUUUUCCGGCGGUUACUAGGGCAGAUUACAGGCAUAUUUCGAGGGAAUUUUUCAGGCUGUGUUGCAGUUUCCGGCGGUUACUAGGGCAGAUUACAGGCAUAUUUCGAGGGAAUUUUUCAGGCUGUGUUGGUGGUUUUCUCAGGCGGUGUUCAGGCAUCUCUUCCGGCGGUUCUUGGGUCACGUUUGUUACGAAAUUAGGACCGAUUUUCAGGCGGCAUUCUUAUGCUAAUUUGGGACCAGUUUCCGGCAGGUUGUGUGAGUUUGUUUGUCCCGCGAAUCGUGAGUUCGUUUUGGUGAUUGAUCAGGCUGGUUUUCUUCGGUUGGUGUUUCGUGAGUUCAGUUUGGUAUUUCAGUUUGGUGAUUCUUUGUUAUUGUGGGUUGUUUUGGAGCGUUGUGUGAGGUUCAGUUUGGUGGUUUGUGGGUGUGCAAGUUCAGCUUUGGUAGUUCAGCUGUGGUGGUUCUGUUUUGGUGGUUUGUGGGUGUGCAAGUUCAACUUCGUCGGUGUUGGUGUUGGGUGUGGCCGUCAGCUUUGGCGUCGUCGUCAGGAAGAGAGUAUCACAGCUGCUAUUCGUUCUUGGGGUGUGCCUGGUGGUUCUGAGCAGCUUGUUAUGGACACAUUGGCUAGCGUAGUUCUUUCGUCCUCAGGUCUUGCCCCUUACAAUGAUGCUACUCUUGCUGAUUUGCAGGCAAAGCACCCUUCAGUUCCGGAACCUACCUUACCGGAUAUCCCAGGACUCUUUUGA